AUAUAUACUGAUGCCUGAUCAGACGUCCAACUCAAUCUCGUGCAUUUUAAUAAUUUAAUGACGUCCGUAAAGCGGUCAAAAUCAUUUCUACUUCUAAUUUAUUUAAUCUCAAGUUUGCUAUUACGGGUCUCAGAAGCGUCCGUUGUUUCAUCCGGAGAUUUUGAUAAGGACUUCCUCGUCACAUGGUCUCCAACCCACGUUAACACCUCCAGCGAUGGUCGAUCAAGAACUCUUAAGCUUGAUCAAGAAUCUGGAGCUUCCUUUUCUUCCAUCCAGACGUUCUUGUUCGGAAAAAUAGAUAUGAAGAUCAAACUAAUUCCUGGACCUUCUCAAGGAACCGUGGUUGCUUAUUAUAUGUCCUCGGACCAGACCAACCGGGAUGAGAUAGACUUUGAAUUCUUGGGAAACGUAAACGGGCAGCCUUAUAUUCUUCAGACGAAUAUCUAUGCCGAUGGAGUUGACAAUCGUGAAGAAAGGAUCCAUCUCUGGUUUGACCCAACCAAGGACUUUCACACCUAUUCCAUCUUGUGGAACGUUCACCAAAUUGUGGGUGGUUUUAGGUUUAUGGUGGAUCAAAUUCCGAUAAGAAUGUACAGAAACCAUUCAGAGAAAGGAGUAGCCUAUCCAAGGUUGCAACCUAUGAGUAUAAAAGUGAGUCUAUGGAACGGUGAGAGCUGGGCUACAAGUGGUGGGCAUGAGAAAGUUGAUUGGUCAAAGGCUCCAUUUGUGGCAUCCUUUGGGGAUUACAAGAUAGAUGCUUGUAUUUGGAAAGGCAACCCAACAUUGUGUAACGAAGAGAACAAUGAAAAUUGGUGGAACAAAAAUGAAUUCAGUUCUUUAACAAGAGUGCAAAAGAGAUGGUUUAAAUGGGUAAGUAAGUACCAUUUGAUUUAUGAUUAUUGCCAAGAUUAUGCAAGGUUCCAUAACAAGCUCCCCAAGGAAUGUUCUCUUCCUAAAUAUUAAAGAUUGAAUUUGCAUUUGCUCUUCAGCUUUUAUUUUAUAUUCAUUAAUUAUACUUUUUUAUCUAUUUUCUAAAUGUGUUUGUUCUUCGUUUGUAAAAGUAUAUAUAAUUAUAAAUACUGGUUUUCGUGAUAUCAUGCGAGUUGAUUCAAUCAAAACACGUUAGAAUCACUACUACUUGUCUUUGGUACCGUACCUUUUGCAUAGAAAUUGAUCUUGCUUAAAUUUCCAAUUAUGCCUCAUAAGCUUUUCAAUCUCUUGUAAAUCAUAUACUUCUUUUUGCACUAAAAAAAAGUCUACAUUGAUAGCACAUUAUUAUAGCACGUUUUACUGAACUGCUAUCGUAGAUGAUUUAGAAAUUUCCGUAUUAUAUAAUAGCAUUAGAUAAACGCUAUGAUAGAGAAAAACCUAAAAUAACACUUAAUUAAUGCUAUUUUAAGAAUUACGUGAGCGGGAAGAAUAAAAUCAUCAUUUCACCAAUACUUAGCGGAAAUUUAGAUUUAAGCGCCAAAAAUAUUAUUUAAGCGGCUUAAUAAAACUACGAAAGACUUAUAAUAGCAUUUUUAUAAUGCUAAGAAAAGCUAUUUGAACCCCUAAACCUUAAACAUGGUUUUAAACCCUAAACACAACCCUUAAAACUAUAAUCUUUUUAUAUUAUAACUUCAAAUCUUAAAAUUAAACUUAAAAUUUAAUCUUCUUGAUCUAACUAUAAUUUCCUAACCACAUAUCCUUAAUCUUUAAUCAAUCUCUAUAUCCUAAAUCAUAACUUCAAACAUAAAUUAUACAUUCUGUGUAAACAUACAUACAAUACUCUAAAUAUAAACUUCAAACAUAAACUUUACUAUACAUACAAUACUCUAAAUAUAAACUUCAAAACUAAAAUUUGAAAAAUUUAACUACAAAUCUUAGACCUAAUAUUCAAAUCUAAUAUUUUCAUACUCUGAUCCAAAAUCUUAAAUCAUAGUCUUGAUAUUAAUCAAAUAUUUUCAAACUUAAACAUCAAUUCUUAAAAUAAAUAUAAACUUAUUAUGUUCAAAAAAGAAAACUCUAAACUUAAAUUAUAAACUCGAAAAUACAAAAUUUUAUAUAAGAUAUAACUAAGAAAAUUUACUUAGAAAAUAAAUUAUCAAAUAUUUAAGAACAAAACAAAAAUAAAAAUAGAAAAAGAAAGACAAAAUUUCUGGCCAAUCAGAUUCAAAUACAUAGAUCACACUCUUAACCAUUGGAUUAACUUAGAUCUAAAGGUAGAGAUUUAUUCAAUUUUAUUUUUAUUUUUUUCUUCUCUCUCUCUCCCUCCCUCUCUCACGACAGAUCUCAUAUCAUCUCCUUCUCUGCUUUUUUUUUUCCCGAUUCUCUCUUCUUCACUCUAACCUCUCAUUCUCAUAUCUCAUAUAUCUCUUCUCUCUCAUCUCUCUCAACGCCUCUCUCCCAUCUCUCUCAUCUAACCACCACCGUGUCUCCUCCUCGUCUCACCACCACCGCGUCUCCUUCUCGUCUCACCACCACCGCGUCUCCUUCUCGUCUCACCACCACCGCGUCUCCUCCUCGUCUCACCACCACUGUUUUCCCCCUUGUCUCACCACCACCACGAUCGACGUCUCUCUCUCUCUCUCUCUCUCUAUAUCUCUCUUCGUAUCUGUGUAUCUCCUUCUCUCUGUUGCUCUAUAACGAAUCUGAUUUUGUUUUGUUUUCUUUUCUUUUUGGUAAUGAUUGGUGGAGGAGCCAAGGUUCAUGGCGGCUGGAGGAAGCAAGGUUCGUGGUGGCUGGAGGAAGCAAGGUUCAUGGCGGCUUGAGUAUAUAAGUCUCAUGGCGGCUGGAGGAAUCAAAGUUCAGGGCUGCUGGAAGAGGGACAAGGAUAUGGAGGAGGCGGCAGGAGUUUUUUCUUUAGGUUUAGGUUUUUUAGGUCUGGUUAAGUGUCCUAAAUUGAAGUGGUCUGAUUUUAUUUUUUAGUUUCUGGUUUAGUUUUGUAAACCAGAAUUAAUCUGUAAACCAAAUUUAAUUUAUUAAUAAAAUUUAUUUUAUUUUCA